AUGAAGUUCACCACCGUUGCCACCGUUGCCGCCACCGCCGCCGUCGUCGCCGCCAAGAAGCACAAGACCAACACCCACGAAUCGACCUUGACCGUCGUCAUCAACGAAGACUCGCCCAAGUCGACCCACAGAUACGGCAGAUUCGACCACACCGUGAGAGUCACCACCACCACCCACUACGCUGGCGCCACCGCCGCUCCCUUGGAAAAGAGAGCCGUCAACGGCACCGCCGUCAACGGCACCAACGGCACCAACGGCUCCGGCUCGAAGCCCGACAGCGCCGCCGCCGCUAACGCCUUGGGCUUGGGCGCCGCCGGUGUUAUGGCCGCUGGUUUGAUGUUGGUGUUGUAA